UAAUUCUCGAUAGAUGUCGCCGUUUCUCCAAAAAUAUUCAGAUAACCUUCAAGUGAUUUUGUCAAUUGAAUUGAUAACAAGUUUAGAUUACGGCCUAGCCUCCUGAAAGUCCAAGUUGUCGUCUUCGGAGUGAGACAUAUUUACUUCAAAAUGAAUUCUGUAAAUAGGAUUUUAAGUUUGGGUUCAGCAAUUCCGAAGAAUGCAAGAUUGAUCACUACCAGUGGAGCAAAACUAAAUGCUGAAGAUGGUUGGCUGUCCAAGCUGUUGGUGCGGAAGAUAGAACCUACGAAGGAGUCUCACAGUCGUAUGCUAAGUGACAAGGAGAUUGUAUAUGCGCUUCAUACGCACAACAUUAGACCGGACAGCGUAGAUAAAUAUUUGAAGAACUACAAAACUUCAUCAGAGUUUGUCCACUCUCACAAGGAAGACCUAGGAUGCGAGUUGGUAGGAUCAUGGACAGUGUCCGUCGGAGACAUGGACCAGGCCCUGCACCUCUGGCGUUACACUGGAGGCUUCGAGAAGAUAGACAAAGCAAAGAUUUUAUUCAAGGAGUCUCCUGAAUACUCGGCACUGGAAAAAGAGCGUGGUGGCUACGUCCGCUCGAGACACUUGCAGUACUUGCUCGCCUUCAGCUUCUGGCCCUCAGGAGAGCCCCGUGAGCGCAGCAACAUCUAUGAAAUACGGUCCUACAGCCUGAAGCCAGGCACCAUGAUCGAAUGGGGCAACAACUGGGCUCGCGGCCUAUCCUACAGGCGCGCGCAGAACGAGGCCUUCGCUGGAUACUUCUCACAGAUCGGCAGGCUUUACAAUGUUCAUCAUAUCUGGUGCUACAAGGACCUGCAGGCCCGGCGGGAAACCCGCGACCGCACCUGGCGCAACCCGGGCUGGGACGAGUGCGUCGCAUACACCGUGCCGCUCAUCCGCGAGAUGCACUGCCGCAUCCUCGAGCCCACGGAGUUCUCCCCCACCCAGUAACGCCC